UGGUAACAUACACGUGCCCUGGGCUGAUGCUAAAGUUCACCAUAUAAAUUCAGCUUUCUCAAAGAAGACUGCCCUAUUACUUGUAGUCCCCCAUAGCACUAUUUUAUAUUCAUACCAGCUACCAGCCAGAAAUUAAUGAAAACCAGGAUCUAUAUUGAGUCACCUGGACCAUGAAGCUGAAGAUCCCUAACCCGGGCCUGGAUGAUCGGAUCCUGAGCCACGAGCAACUGGAGCUGCUGGAAGUCGAGGAAGCAGGGGAUAGGCCUAAAUGGGACAACAAAGCCCAGUAUAUGCUAACAUGUGUGGGUUUCUGCGUGGGGCUCGGAAACGUCUGGCGCUUCCCCUACCUGUGUCAGAGCCAUGGGGGAGGAGCCUUUAUGAUUCCCUUCCUGAUCCUGCUGGUGUUUGAGGGAGUUCCUCUUCUCCAUCUGGAGUUUGCUAUUGGACAGCGCCUGAGGAAGGGCAGUGUGGGGGUGUGGAAGACCAUUUCCCCUUACAUGAUAGGAGUAGGAAUUGCAUCCAUGUGUGUGUCUCUGUUGGUCAGCCUCUACUACAACACCAUAAUAGCCUGGGUCAUGUGGUACUUCUUUAACUCAUUCCAGGACCCGCUACCUUGGGCCAAGUGCCCUAUCAAUGCAAACAGAACAGGUUUGGUGUCAGAAUGUGAGAAGAGCUCCCCUGUGGAUUAUUUCUGGUACAGGAAGACACUGGACACAACUGCAUCCAUAGAGGAAGCCGGAGGCCUGCACUGGUGGAUGGUGCUGUGUUUAAUUUCAGCCUGGGCUGUACUUUAUGUCUGCUGUGUCCGUGGAAUAGAGACCACUGGCAAGGCAGUAUAUGUGACCUCCACGUUACCAUAUGUAGUUCUCACCAUUUUCCUUAUCAGAGGACUGACUCUGAAAGGCUCCGUUGAGGGAAUUAAAUUUCUUUUUACACCAGAUCUUAAUGAGUUAGCAAACCCAUCAACCUGGCUGGAUGCAGGUGCUCAAGUAUUUUAUUCCUUCUCGCUGGCAUUUGGUGGCCUCAUCUCCUUCUCCAGCUACAACUCAGUACAUAACAACUGUGAGCAGGAUGCUGUGAUCAUCUCCACCAUUAAUGCCUUUACCUCAAUUUUUGCUGCAACUGUAAUUUACACCAUUAUUGGUUUCAGAGCUACGGAGAGAUUUGACGACUGUAUGGCAACAAACAUUCUGACUUUACUGAACACAUUUGAACUGCCAGAAGCAAACAUCACUGAAAGUAACUACGAUCAAGUUUUGAAAGAACUUAACACCACAUACCCUGAUGUCAUUCACAAUCUAAAUCUUGGGACAUGUGACUUGAACACAUUCCUUAGUGAGGGUGUUGAGGGCACAGGCCUGGCCUUCAUUGUCUUCACUGAGGCCAUAACUAAGAUGCCCUUAUCUCCACUGUGGUCCGUCCUUUUCUUUGUCAUGCUCUUUUGCCUCGGCCUGUCCUCCAUGUUUGGAAAUAUUGAAGGAGUCCUGGUGCCUUUGCAGGACUUAAAUGUCUUCCCUAAACACUGGCCUAAAGAAGUAAUCUCAGGAUUGACUUGUCUGGUGUGUUGUUUUAUUGCAUUAAUAUUCGUCCAAGGGUCAGGGAAUUACUGGCUGGCACUCUUUGACAAUUUCGCUGGUUCCAUCCCUCUACUCAUUAUUGCCUUCUGUGAGAUGGUUGGAGUGGUGUAUAUUUAUGGAAUCGAUAGGUUUAAUGAAGACCUGGUCUUCAUGAUCGGCCACAAACCCAAUAUUUUCUGGCAGGCCACAUGGAGAUUUAUCAGCCCUCUAAUUAUGCUCUUCAUCUUCCUCUUCUAUUUUGUUACCACCAUCUCCAAGGAGCUCUUCUACAUCGCUUGGGACCCUGACUCGGAAAAAUUUCCAACUUUGGAAAAGAAGCCCUACCCUCCAUGGAUCUAUGUAAUAAUCUUCAUAUUGGCUGGGAUUCCUAGUCUUGCUGUACCUGUCGCUGCUAUUAUCAGUGCUAUACGCAGACGCUGUUGUAAAGUGGAUGAAUGACUAAAUACAGUAAAGGGAAAAACUCAUAAUAUAUAAUUUAAUAUAAUAUUUACAGUUCAUUUUGAAAUAUCAGCAUAUUGUAAAAAAAAAAGUAAAUUUUCUUUUACAAAUUACAAAUUGACACUGCUCAUAUAUUCUAGAUUUAUUACAUGUAAAGUAAAAUAUUUCAAGCCUUUUAAUUCCAAUGAUUACACCUUACUGCUCAUGAAAACUAGAAUUAGAAUAUUUAGUUUAUACAUUUUAUAAUAUUCAUGCAUUAUAAAUAGCGUGUAUCUCUCUAGUUCAGCACACACACAAGAAAGACUGACUUGACAGUUUUCCUAAAGUUGAUUAUCAACACCGUCCACAAGGAGGGUAAACUACAGAAGGCCCUGUAUUGAAACAUAUUCAUGGAAAGUUGACUGGGGGUGGGGGGGGGGGGGGGGGAGUGUGGUAGGAAAAUAUGCACAAACAACAGGCAUGACUGCAAGCUUAUGGUAAUUAUUAAGCAAUGUAAAUCAAGACCUUGGCGGAACUUCACAAUAAGUGGCUGAGGCUAGAGUCAGUGCAUCACAAGCCAACAUGUACAGCUGUCUACAGAAAAAUGGAAUACAACUGUUGCGUUCCUAUCAUCAAGCCACUCAUGAACCAGAGAUUUCCUAAAUGUCAGAAGCGUCUAACAUGGACUAAGAAGAAAAAAAUAUAUUUGCAUUUCAUUUGGAGUACAGAGGACAAAUUCAGAGGCAGAUAAUUAAAUUUGCUUGAGAACUAAAUUUGAGUGAAGUUUCCACAGUCAGUGAUGAUUUGGUGUGCCAUGUCAUCUGCUGGUGUUGCUCCACUGUGUUUUAACAACACCAAAGUCAAUGAAACCAUCUACCAGGAGAUUUGAGAGCACUUCAUGCUUCAUGCGUCUACAGUACUUACAAGACUGACAUGAAGAUGCAGAUUCCAUUUGCAGCAGGAGAGCACCUGGCCCAGUGCCUAAACUACCACGAACUGGUUUGCUGACCAUGACUGGGCUUCACUGGCUAGCCAACUCACCUGUCCUGAAGCCCAUGGAAAGUCUAUGGGAUAUUGUCAAGAGGAAGUUGAGAAACCUCUGAUCCAAGAAUACAGACGAUUAACCUGGUUUUAGCACUGGCACUCUGCAUUGCCUUGUUGCAUUGAUACAGUAAUUCAUGCUAAAGUAAUCCCUUCCAAGUACAGAGUGCAUAAAUAAACAACUUUCUGUAUUGAAUUUUUUUAAGGAUCGUGGGAAGUAUACUAAUAUUUUGAGUUGGAUUUGGGAUUUUUCAGGAGCAAUAAGGCAUAGUCAUUAAAAUGAAAACAAAAAGGGUUGAAAUGUUUAACUUCACAUAUGACUAUCUAGAACAGGGGUCUCCAAAUCUAGUCCUAGAGGGCCAGUGUCCAACACAGUUUGGUGAUUCUUCCUCUCAAACACAGCUAAUUUAACUAAUCUGUUAAUUACUACAGUAGGUUCAGUGGGAGUGUUUGGGUGUUGGUGAAUUACAAACUGUGCUGGUCACUGGGCCUCCAGGACAGGAUUUGGAGACCCCUGAAAUAGAAUAUGAGAGUUAUAUACAGAUCAGCCAUAAGAUUACAGCACAAAACAUUAUUCCCAGUAUUGGGUAGCUUCCCCUUGUGCUGACUCCACAAGACCUCUGGGGGUGUGCUGUGGUGUCUGGCACCAGGAUACUGGCAGCAGAUCCUUUGGGUGCUGUGGGUUGUGGGGUGGUUCCUUCAUGAAUCUGACUGUAUUUUGUGUGGUGCAUCCUAUGGGUGUUCAAAUCGAUUAGGAUAUGGGGAGGUUGGAGGCUGGGUUGAAAGGCCUGGACCUUGUGCACAUUGACAUUUUUGCCAAUUUGUGCGGGUCAAAAGUUUGGGCACGCAUCUACAGUAAUUCCUUCUUUUGUGAUUUUUCGUCUACAUUCUAGAACAAUACUGGAGAUUUCGAAAAAUAUAAAAUAACACAUAUGGCAUUAGGUAAUAACUAACAGCAACAACAGUCAGCCAUUAUUUUAAGACACGAAGGUCAGCUGUUCUGAAAAUAGUUUUUGCAAGAACAGUAUUGUCAAGUGCAUUUGCAAAAUCCAUCAAGCACCAGAAUGAAACCGGCUCUCAUAAAGACCUUCAUAGUAAACCAAGACCAAAACUUACCUCUGCUGCAGAGGAAAAGUAAAUUUGGAGUUACCAGCCUCAAAAAUCACCAAUUAACACCACCUCAGAUGCCGUUAUGAGGUCUUUACAGAGCAUAAGUAGAAUACACAUCUCAAUAUCAACUGUUUAAAGAAGAUUAUUGCAUAUUUUGUAUGGUCUGGAGAAAUAAAAAAUAGGAAAGACAAUGGAAUUAGACGUGUGUCCAAACUUUUGACUAGCAGUGUAUACAGUAUAUGAAAUAUGGUAGGCGUGAUUUCCUUUUAAAUAUAAUUAUUAUUGUAAGAAUAAUAAUCCUGUAUCUAGCCAUUGUAUUAAAAUAUAUUUCCCUGUUUGCAAUAUUUAAAUGAAUUAAUUACAUUUGUAGUCCUUUGUGGUAUCAUAUAUAUCAGAAGACCUUAUUUAUUUUUUAACAAACAUUUUCCAUGUAUUA